AUGGCAGGCUCAGGGACCCCGGCUCUAAGCCAGGGAGUAGGCUAUGGCAUCGUCUUGGGUGUUGGCAUUGCCUUUGCAAUCUUCAUGAUCUCUCUCACGCAUAUCCUCAAGCGCUUCAAUGGCGAGGUUCAAACUUCCGAAAUGUUCACCACGGCUGGCCGCUCUGUGAAGUCGGGCCUCGUCGCAGCCGCCGUCGUCUCCUCCUGGACCUGGGCAGCCACUCUCCUCCAGAGUUCUGGCGUUUGUUACCGAUACGGCGUUUCUGGCCCAUUCUGGUAUGCCUCUGGUGCGACUGUGCAAAUCUUGCUGUUUGCUACACUCGCUAUCAUGCUCAAGAAGCGCGCCCCUAAUGCCCACACCUUCCUAGAGGUCAUCAAGGCUCGCUAUGGAAGCGGGGCUCACUUCACAUUCAUCGUCUUUGGCCUUGUUACCAAUGUGCUCGUGUCUCUGAUGCUCAUUUCUGGUGGCGCUGCCACCAUCAAUGCGCUGACCGGCAUGCACACCAUCGCGGCCAUCUUCCUACUUCCCGUAGGAGUUGUGGCCUAUACCUUUAUUGGCGGAUUGAAAGCCACAUUUAUUACGGACUUUAUCCAUGGAGCCGUGGUCCUCAUUAUCAUCAUUAUAUUUGCGCUGACGGCCUACGCGACCUCAGAUGUCCUCGGCAGCCCCGGUGCUGUAUAUGACCUCCUGGUCGAGGCCAGUAAAGCGCACCCCGUUGAGGGAAAUGAAGAAGGUAGCUAUCUGACAAUGCGCUCCCAAGGCGGCGUGAUCUUCUUCAUCAUCAACAUUGUCGGCAACUUUGGUACUGUCUUCCUCGACAACGGCUACUACAACAAGGCCAUUGCCGCUCACCCAGUCCAUGCUCUUCCGGGAUACAUUAUGGGAGGACUUGCAUGGUUCGCCAUUCCCUGGCUGACGGCUACCGCUCUUGGUCUUUCUGCCUUGGCCCUCGAGUCGAACCCUCGGUUCCCCACGUAUCCUGACCGCAUGACUGAGGCCGAUAUCUCCGCUGGCCUCGUCUUGCCAUAUGCGUCGGUGGCCCUUCUUGGAAAGGGAGGUGCUAUUGCCACCCUACUCGUGGUCUUCCUGGCCGUGACGUCGUCCUUCAACUCAGAGUUGGUUGCGACAUCCUCUAUCUUUACUUACGACAUCUACCGCACCUACUUCCGACCUAACGCCAGCGGUAAGAGCCUCAUUUGGAUGUCUCAUGCCUGCAUGGUCGUAUACGCCCUCGUUAUUUGCUGCAUCUCUGUUGGCCUAUGGCACAACGGCAUUUCUAUGGGCUACCUCUACCUCCUUAUGGGUGUCCUCAUCUCUGCGGCUGUGCUCCCGGCCACUCUGACACUCAUUUGGAAUGGCCAGAACCGAUGGGCUGCAACUAUUUCGCCCAUUCUAGGCACAUCUUGCGCCAUCAUUGCCUGGCUGGUGACGGCGAGCAAGUCGUGUGGCAAGCUCGAUGUGGUCUGUACCGGGUCCAAUAACCCCAUGUUGGCUGGCAACAUCACUGCUUUGCUAUCUCCUGUCGUUUUUAUUCCUGUCCUUUGUCUCAUAUUUGGGGUUGACAAGUAUGACUGGCAAUCAAUGAUGGAUAUCCGCCAGGCAGAUGACCACGAAAUGGUUAAGGAAGCCGGUGUGGAUGAGGAAGCUCAGCACCGGGUUGAGGCGCCCCAGCAAGUCGACUUUGAAGAAGAGCAAAUAAAGCUUGCUCGGGCAUUCAAGAUUGCCAGUAGCAUUACCAUUGUUAUGACUGUGUCCCUCUUGGUGCUGUGGCCGAUGCCCAUGUUCGCCUCACGGUACAUCUUCUCUAAGUCCUUCUUCACGGGUUGGGUUUCGGUGGGUAUGAUCUGGAUUUUCUGUUCCUUCCUCGCUGUUGGCAUCUACCCUCUUUGGGAGAGCCGUGCCACUAUCGCGCGUGUUUGUACCUCGAUGGUCAAGGGCAAACGGCCAAAUGCUAUAAUGCAAGGUGAGCCAGCUCUGACGGAUGGACCUAGUGGAACGGUGACGCCGGAGAAGAAGGGACUUAGGGCCAGUGUGGAAUAG